UGUGGAUAACCUGUCAACUUCGUGUUAAAAAUUCUACACGGGACGGUGAAUCAUAACAAAGAACUAUUUAUAUCUGUCUAAAUAUUACAUAGAACCGAAGAUUAUGUUUGGAGGAAGGUCGAACUUCGACAAGCAUUUGGAGAAAGCUACAAGUCAGCUUCUAUUGGAGCCAGAUUGGGACUCGAUUCUUCAGAUAUCUGACUGUAUCAGACAGGGGGAUGUCCAGCCAAAGCAUGCAGUAAAUGGUAUUAAGAGAAAGGUUGGAGUAGAGAAUCCCCAUGUGUCACUGUAUGCACUUCAGGUUCUCGAGUCGUGUAUGAAAAACUGUGGCAACCUGGUCCAUGAUGAAGUAGCUACCAAGGAGUUUAUGGAAUUUUUGAAAAACCUUGUCAAUACUCGUGGUGAACCAGUGAAAGGAAAGAUUCUCGAGCUGAUACAGGUCUGGUCUCACGCCUUCCGCAACGAGCCCAAGUACAAGAUUGUCCAGGAUACAUUCAAUAUUCUCAAACUUGAAGGUCAAUCAUUCCCCCAGUUGAAGGAGUCUGACGCCAUGUUCUCUGCUGAGAAAGCCCCAGAGUGGAAGGACGCCGAUUGCUGCUCCCGUUGUCGUACCACAUUUGGCAUGGUCCAGAGGAAGCACCAUUGUCGGGCCUGUGGGGAUGUUGUGUGUCAGAAGUGUUCCUCCAAGAACUCCAUCAUUCCGAAGUACGGCAUUGAGAAGGAGGUCCGGGUCUGUGACUCCUGUUACGACAAGAUCAACACGGGCACAGAUCAAGGAAGUAAGGACGAUGAACUACCAGCUGAGUACCUGAAUAGUCCUCUGUCUAAACAGUCUCAGGUGGGUACUCAGUACUCCAGGGAUGCGGCCCCGCCCAGUGCUGGUAAGACCGAGGCAGAAAUCCAGGAAGAGGAGGAAUUACAGUUGGCCAUUGCCCUCUCAAAAAGUGAGGAGGAAAAUAAGGCUAAAGAGCGAGAGAGGAUGCGGAGCAACUAUGGUAUCUAUGGGGGUGGAAACAAGGAGACAAAUCGGGGCCCCUCCCCCAUCCCGCAGCAACAGCCUGCUGUGGUUGUAUCAGCCCCUGUCAUGGACACCUCUGAUAUGGACCCGGAAUUAGCCCGCUACCUGAACCGUAACUACUGGGAGCAGAAAUCUGAGACAGUCAAGGUCAUCUCCACGACAACAACCCAGCCCUCGGCACCAGUCGCCCAGGCAACUGAGCCCAAGAACACCCAUGGUGGGGGUAAAGUGCAGGAGCAUUACCAGAAUGGGGAGACCGAGGAAGACCCAGCCCAGUUUCUUCAUGCUCUCAAUAGUAGCGUGGAGAUUUUCGUGAACCGUAUGCGGAGCAACUCAACUCGUGGGCGGAGUAUUGCUGUCGACUCGUCCGUACAGUCACUGUUUAACGUGAUCAGCAACAUGCACCCACAGCUGAUGAAGUAUGUCCAACAACAGGAGGACCUGAGAGGGCACUAUGAGUCCCUGCAAGACAAGCUAGCUCAGCUACGAGAUGCGCGAGAGGCACUAGACGCCCUACGAGAGGACCAUCGGGAGAAAAAACGUCGGGAAUUUGAGGAGAUGGAGAGAUUGAGGCAAAUACAGAUGGCACAGAAACUGGACAUCAUGAGGCAGAAGAAACAUGAGUACCUGGAGAUGCAGCGCCAGCUUGCCCUACAGCGUAUGCAGGAACAGGAGCGCGAGAUGCAGAUGAGGUUUGAACAGCAGAGACAGCUCACCCAGAUGAGACAGAUGCAGAACUAUGGCGGAUUUAACCAGGCUGGCUACCCUCAGGGUCAGAUGCAGGGAAUGCCGCCACAGGGGAUGUACGGGCCUGGCCCAGGGGCACCAGUUGAGGGUUCCCCUGUCCACCAGAUGCAGCAGGGAGCCCAGAUGGCCCCGGGACAAGGAUACAUGCCCCAGAUGUACCCUCCACAUGGCGGACAGCAGCCACAGUAUAACCAGAGCGGAGCUGGGCCCCAGUCCAGUAUGUACCAGUCCAUACCCCCACAGGGCACGCACCAGUACCAGGGUGGAUACAGCCAGACAGAUGGUCCUGCCCCUGGGGGCAUGCAUGGGCAGGGUGGAGGGGCAUACCAGCAUCACCAUGGUGUUCAGUAUAACGCAGCCGAUCCGUCAGGAGCCCAAUCACUACCCCAGGGUGCUGGUGGCGGGAUGCCUGGAGGUCAGGGGCCGGGUGCGUACACCUCCAUGCCUCCACAGAUGGGAGACUAUCAGCAACAGGGAGCAUUCAACUUGCAAGGCAUGUCUAAUGCACUCCCAGAAAACCAAGGCUAUGGAGCACAACCGCCCCCUCAACAACAGCAACACCACCCACACCAACAACCACCCCAGCAGCAACAACAGCAGUACUACAUAGGGGGUCAAGGUGGAGCACCCCCACCCCCAGCACAGCAGUAUCCUCCGCAGGGGAUCGGACAGCCCCAGGGGGUAGAGCCUGGUACCUCCCAGCAUAAACCUGGCCCCCACGAGGCAGAGCUUAUAUCAUUUGACUGACACUGUUAUAAAAGUUGAUACAUACUUCUAGAACACUGAGACUACCACAUUUAUGUUAAAAGUUAAAUACAUAAAUGAUACGCAAUCUGCGAAAUCAGGCCACAUGCGAAAUUGAUGUAGCGCAAGAAAUAACGUUUUUCAACAGAACAAUUUUUUUAGUGUGUCAAUGGGUUUUAUUAUAACAUGUCGUUUUUGAAAACCCCCACUUGGUAUCCGGUAUAAAGUCAUUAUCCCCUGCGGUCUCUUUUCCCCAGAUUGCGUCAAAAAUGUGUUCAUUGCAAUUUAGAACGAUUUUGUUGCUAGCAUUGCCAAAUCAAAUCGGAAAGUAAAAAUGAAAUGAACAAGAUAUUAUAAAAGCAUUUUAAAAUCAUGUUACAUCAUGCUGAUAAAAAAAACCUUGGCCACAAUUUAUAAAACGAUCAAGAAAUUAAUUACAUAUUUUGAGACAUUAUGUACAUGUACAUUGUAUAACAAAGCCAUAUCUCUUAAAUGUUUGUUGAGUUACAUGCAUCUUGUUUUGACAGACGACCGUUGGCAUUCCCUUUCCGGCACUCUUGUUUAAAAUUGCAUAACAAUAUAGGUGUAGUCUACGUUUUUGUGAUACAUUUCUUUCAAUGUAAAUGUGUAAUUCUACACUUGCAGUGUAUUUGUUUAAUUUGUAAUCAUUGUAAUAGUGAAUUAUUUGUUUAUUCAGACUAAUGACUUAGCCUGAUUUCCAUUUUGAAAUUUUACAAUGAAAUGUCUUAUAUUGAAUAGUGAAAGAAUGAUUUUUUAAAUUAAAAUUACAUGUUGUUUUCCAAUCUGUUGUGUAUGGUUAAACAUUAUAACAAUAAAACGUUGUGAUGAAAGUUGAAAAAAAUAAAUAUAUUUACAUGGA